CAUGUCUGUCACACCGAAAUAAACAAAACAACAAAAACAAAGCUUACGUUUGACGCUCUCUCUCCCCCAAUCCUUCCCUUUCCCUUCUACAAAUCCCUUUUUCCUUUUCCUAAACUUCACAUAAUUCAAGCACUGAUUUUUCUUUUUCGUUUUUUUUUUCAAUUCAAAUUUCAAUUCCAACCGAAUGCACUACCAACCAACACCAACCACCACCACCUUUGAAUUCGAACACCAUUGAACUCACUCCCCAUAAAAGAGCAACAUGUACUUGUCGGAAAAACCCCGACCCAUAGAUUUCUAUAAGGAAGAAAGCAGCACGCGUGACAUGAUCAUCGAGGUCGUCUCCAACGGCGCGGCGGACCUACCUCCUCCGCCGUCCCACCAGCAGCAGCAGAUGAUCCUGGGUGACAGCAGCGGCGGCGAAGACCCUGAGGUUGAGAUCAAGGCGCCAAAGAAGCGCGCGGAGACGUGGGUCCACGAAGAGACUCGAACCCUGAUCGCGCUCCGGCGAGAAAUGGACGCCCUUUUCAACACUUCUAAGUCCAACAAGCACUUGUGGGAGCAGAUUUCUUCGAAGAUGAGGGAUAAGGGUUUCGAUCGCUCGCCGACCAUGUGCACCGACAAGUGGAGGAACCUCUUGAAGGAGUUCAAGAAGGCCAAGCACAAUGAUGGCGCAGGAGGAGGUGGCGGCGGCGGCGGAGGGAGUGGCUCCGCGAAGAUGUCGUAUUACAAGGAGAUUGAGGAGAUUUUGAGGGAUAGGAGCAAGUGCGUGCAGUAUAAGAGCCCCACUCCUCCACCGCCUCCAUCAUCUAAUCACAAAGUUGAAUCUUUCAUGCAAUUCACUGAUAAAGGUAUUGAGGAUACCAGCAUCUCUUUUGGUCCAGUUGAAGCUACUGGAAGACCAACACUCAAUCUUGAGAGACGUUUGGAUCAUGAUGGGCAUCCCCUUGCCAUUACAACAGCUGAGGCUGUCGCAGCUAGUGGCGUUCCUCCCUGGAAUUGGAGAGAAACUCCUGGAAAUGGUGAAGAGGGCCAGUCAUGUUGUGGAAGGGUUAUAUCUGUCAAAUGGGGUGAUUAUACGAGAAGAAUAGGUAUUGACGGUGCUUCAGAAGCCAUCAAGGAGGCCAUAAGAGCUGCUUUCCGACUGAGAACUAAACGUGCAUUUUGGUUGGAGGAUGAGGACCAGAUAAUCAGAAGUCUUGACCGUGACAUGCCUUUAGGAAAUUAUACUCUUCACCUUGAUGAAGGAAUGGCCAUUAAAGUGUGUCUUUAUGACGAGUCUGACCAUAUCCCUGUGCAUACUGAAGAGAAGAUCUUCUAUACAGAAGAUGAUUAUCGUGAUUUUUUGACUCGCCGGGGUUGGACAUCUCUAAGAGAAUUUGACGGCUAUAGGAAUAUUGAUAACAUGGAUGAUCUUCGACCCGGUGCCAUAUACAGGGGUGUGACUUGAUUGCAGAUGCCCCGUUGGUUUGGACAAACGUGUUUCCAUUGUUUCAAAGAAAAAAAUAUUUGUUAAGCUAUGUGGAGAGAGGACUGUUUAUAAAUCUUUUGACUUAUGUGGGGUUACUAACAUUGAUCAUAUUUUGAUUUUUGGUGUUUAUAAAACUGCCCAUGUUUUGAUGAUAGGAAAAUGAUGGAGGCACUUUGCUCACUCGCCUCCACUCUGUCUGUAAAUAUGAAUUUGAUAGUGGAAACAUAUUAAUGAGAAUCCUGCUGGUUAAGAAUUUCUUCCAGUUUGCCGUA